GUUGUAUUGGAGAACGAGCAUUUACGAGCCAGCAUUAAUGAAUUGGAAACGCGACAAUUCCAAUGCGAAGGCAAAUUGAGCGAAAUGAUGGUUUCUGCACAGGAAUAUGCCCACUUAUUAGAAGAAGCUCAAGACACUAUACACUCUUUGAGCGAAAACAGGCUUGAAUCUGACAUUGAGAAUCUCGAAAUUUCGCCUGGACGCAGCCGUAAUAAUGCAGCGAAGACCAAAAAUAAAGAAUCGCUCCCUCCAAUGAAAGGUACACCUUUCUCCACCGAAGUUGAACAAUCAUUGGAAAAGACUAUUGAAGAACGUCUGAAGUCACAGAUGUCUCCCAGAAUUAACAUCGGUCCCCCCGUAGAUACGAAAAAGGGACUCAAGUAUCUCGUGCCUGAAGUUAAAGAAUGCGGAAAGGGAAAAAGCUCCGAGAGAAGACCAUCUAGGGGCUAUGUUUUGCACUCUUACAACAUCCGUUGA